CUUCAUUGUUCGCCAGUCACUCAUGUUUAUCGGGUUCACUUAGGAUCGGAGCUCAAGUUUUCGUUUUCGUGUAUUCGGUCUCGUUUUUUAAUUUGCCCGCCAAAAAUACGUAUACGUCGUGUGGUAUACAGUUGCAGAGUCAUAGAGAUCUUAAAUAGUGAUCUUUAGAAAGGAAUAAAAAUGAAUUCAAAGUUCAAUGUGUGCCGCUGGAUGCUGCUUGCCCUGGGAGUUUGUUGCCUGCUGGACAGUUCCACAGGCAGCUAUUGCUCCCUGGAGCGGAUGAAGAAGUAUGCGAUGGAGGCGUGCGAGCACUUAUUCAUGCAGGACGAAGCCGCCCGGAGAGAUAGGCGAUCCAUCGACUAUCCACACCAUCACUUAAAUCGGCUGGGAUAUGGCAAGCUUCACGACAAACAUCAUUACAUCAGCCGGAGUAUCUAUCCGCCGGGUGGCUACCUGAAGGUCAAUCAGGAGCACUUUAACCGGCUUAGCGAACUGGACGUCUUUCCGCGUUACAAGUCCCGGAAGAUACACCACGACAAGAAGCAGCGUUUCAAGCGCGACCAUGCCAGCAACAGUUACAACAACAUACCCUACUGCUGCUUCAACCAGUGCGAGGAGGAGUUCUUCUGCUAGAGUCUCCAAGUCUCCAUGUCAAUGCCAUCCGGUCUGACUCCGUCCUUAGGUUAGAUUAGUUUAUUCCAUCCACCAGAAGUCGCGCUCACUCUUAUAGAGUCCGGUACCUUAUUUUAUCCCCCUGCGAGGGACAAAAUCUAAACACAGUAUUUAAAUGCUUAGUCUUACCACAUUUUACCUUUAAGAUUACAAGACAAAUAUUCAAUUUUAGAUAUAAAUAUAUUUUUUAAUAGCCUA